AUGCCCUCAGCCCCCUGUGACCUCACCACCUGGAUAACUCAGCCCAGGAGGGCCAUCACUACUCCCUCAAGCAGCACAAGUAACGAAGGCCUAGGUGCCACUGCCCCCUCGGGAGAGGCCGGCAUCCCCACGCACAGUGACAGCAGGUCUCCAGACAGCCCUGCAGUGGGAUCCCAAAGUCAGGUCUCCCUCCCUGCAGAUGGUCCCGUGGCUAGCGGUGCAGCGUCAACUGAACAGCAGUAUGUAGCGGCCUCCAUCAGGCCAGCCACCUCCAAGGCCAUGGCAGUGUCUGGGGACAAGAACCAGCAUGAAGAUGAAACUGAGGCAGGGCACAGGCAGGAGCUCAACGAGGCCAUGGCCCAGCUGGCCCACCCGGCCCCAGAUGCCCUGCAAACAUGUUUGAGUCUCCAGAACCUAGUGUGGGCUGGGCCGGUGCGAGAUUCGAGGAGGGCCCAGAGUCUUCGGAUUUGCCAAAAUGGAGUCCGCCAGCUUGACACCACUGAAGCUGCUGAGAAAUCUGAGGGUCUGGAGGCCGUGAACCCUGACACUCAAGCUUUGCCAUCGGCUGAGUCCCAGGCAGUGACCGAGGGGGAUUUGGUAGACUGCUCGAGAGACCUGCAGGCUCCACCGGUCCCUCCCUCCCCAGGAAGCAGUGUGCCCUGCUUGCCUGGCGCCCCCACGGUGGCCCUGGGGAGAAGGCCUCUGGACUCCCGUCUGUACAUAGCCUGCGAGAAGAACACCUACAUGCGCUCCACGGCCAGCUUGCUGGGAGGGGGCGAGGGGUCCAUCAGCUCCCUGGCAGACCGCCUGGUCCGGUCUGAGGCCACCAUGAGCGUGACCACUGGCCUCCCGGCCUCAGGACACAGCUCCGUGACAGACCUGCUGCACAGCCCAGGGCCCAGCCUCUGCUCGGUCUCCAGAAUCGUGGGGGACGUGAGGUCAGCCUUCUCCUCCAGGCCGGUAGCUGGGACCCACUCGGUCCCCUCUGUCAAUCGCAUGCUGGAGAGGAUGGAGCAGAGGACUGUGGAAGGCAUCCGCUCAGCCGUGUGUUACAUGACCAGCCAACUCACCCCUCUCUGGUCCCAACUAUGA